AUGGAACAGAAUAUCAUUAGUACUAUAAAUGAUGAAAACAUUCAAAACCGGUCAAAGUACCUCACGAUAGCACAACUAACCGCUAUCGCAGAAACUAAAAUAAAUGAAUUCAUCAUAAAUGGCAAAACAAAAGAUCGAGAUUUAAGCAGCCUCUUAGAUAAAUGCAUCGAUAUUCUAUCUAUCUACAAGAAGAACUCCAAAGAUAUCAAAGAUAUUAUAUCUUGUCGAAAUAAGGGUGCAAUGACUAAUUCGAACUAUGAUAUCAAAAUACAGCUAAAUUAUAUCUACUACAAGAUCAUUCAUAUCAUAGUGACUGCCAAGAUUCCUCAUCUAAAUGAAUUUGCGAAAAUCAAAUCACAUAAAAGUUCGAAGAAUGACGGCGAUAGCAAUAGUAGCAAUAAUGAAUUUCAAUUAAUGAACAUAUACAACACUUUACUGGAGACUUUACUAAAGGAUGAAAAUAUCACAAAGAUUAAAAAUUUUAUCAAGUCAUCUAUACAACAAAUGAAAUUGCACCACGAACAAGAGGAAUGUCACCUGAUGCAAACUGGUUCUCACAUCACACCCGAUCAGCUAAAUUCACUAAUAGUUUUAUCAACUAGCUCCUCCUCAUCUCAAAUGGAAACGCUGUUAAUAGAUAUACGAUCAAGAUUAGAGUUCAAAAAAUCCCACAUCGAUUUCAAAAAUAUCAUUUGCCUGGAGCCCGUUUCAUUUAAAAUGUCGUACUCAGAUCGCGAUUUGGAAAAGAAAUCAUUGAUUACAUCUCCCAACGAUGAAAUUAAACUCUUUCAAAGCAGAAACCUUUUCAAAUUUAUCAUUCUUUAUACAGACUCGAACGACUAUAACGUCAGGCAACAAGCCGUAUUAUUAGAUAUUUUAUUGAAUCGUUCUUUUGAGAAACCAAUAUCCAAUGACUUUACCAAAAUUUUUAUUUUACAAUCUGGGUUCCCAGGUUGGCUAAGCUCAAAUCAUGUAAAUCAAACAUCUUCGUCUUGUCCACAGAGUAACAACAUAAAGGAUGAUAGUGUGUAUGUGAACGGUAAUACUUCUGGUCUGAGUUUACAGCAUCUGCCCAAGAUGUCUCCAAGUAUAAGUCAUUCAAUGGAUGAUUCUAUGAAAGAAAUGCUGAUUUCACCGAUUCCAAUUAACCACCUACAACAACAGCAACAACAACAAUCCGACAAUAGUUAUAAAUUACAAAGAUCUUCAAGUUUUAAAAAACUGUUUUCAAACUAUACGUCUACUAGUCCCAAGAACAUGAAUUCAAAUUUAUAUUCUAUAUCCUCAUUAUCCAUCUCUAACUCGCCAUCUCCUUUACCUCUGUCUUCGCCUAAUUCGAUGAAAAACGAUUCAUUACCAUUUAAUUAUCCAGAGACUCCACACCUCUGGAAAAACAAUGAAGCAGAUUCCAUGACAAAUCAAAGGGAACAGUUGAAUCACAAUUCCUUCACUCAUAUUACACCUAUUAAUACAAGAGCAAUCACUACUCCAUCAAGAACCACCACACCAAAGUUGCAGCGGUUCCCGCAAGCAAUUAGUAUGAACUUGAAUUUGAAUUCCAAUAGCAACAACUCUUCCACGUCUACUAUACAACCAGCAUGUCUCACUUUAUCCAACAGUAGCUCUUUAGACCAUAUUGAUGUAUCCCAAACUUCGCCCUCUCAUAACUAUGACCUCGAUUUCGCUGUCGGAUUAGAAAAUCUAGGAAAUUCAUGUUACAUGAACUGUAUCAUUCAGUGUAUAUUAGGUACUCACGAACUAACGCAAAUAUUUUUGGAUGAUUCAUAUGCCAAGCACAUUAAUAUUAAUAGUAAAUUGGGUUCAAAGGGUAUAUUAGCGAAAUAUUUCGCAAGGUUGGUGCAUAUGAUGUAUAAGAAACAGGUUGAUAGCUCAAAGAAGGACUCUAUAUCACCAAUCAAAUUCAAAUUGGCGUGUGGAUCGGUUAAUUCAUUAUUCAAAACUGCUUCUCAGCAAGAUUGUCAAGAAUUCUGCCAAUUUCUUCUAGAUGGGUUACAUGAAGAUUUAAAUCAAUGUGGCUCGAAUCCACCUUUGAAAGAACUUUCUCAAGAAGCUGAGACAAGAAGAGAAAGAUUAUCUUUGAGGAUUGCCUCCUCGAUAGAAUGGGAAAGGUUUCUGACUACUGAUUUCAGUGUUAUUGUCGACUUAUUUCAGGGGCAAUACGCAUCACGGCUAAAAUGCAAGACAUGUAAUCAUACUUCGACAACGUAUCAACCUUUCACAGUAUUAUCGAUUCCUAUCCCAAGAAAGAACUCUCAGAAUAAAAUCACCAUUGAAGAUUGUUUUAAAGAGUUUACCAAAUGUGAAAACUUGGAAAUAGACGAGCAAUGGUUGUGUCCUCAUUGUAAGAGCAGACAGCCAUCCACAAAACAGUUAACGAUAACGAGGUUACCACGAAACUUGAUAAUUCAUCUGAAGAGGUUUGAUAACUUCUUGAACAAAAAUAACGAUUUUGUCAAAUAUCCGUUCUUGUUGGACUUAACUCCAUUUUGGGCUAACGAUUUUGAUGGCGUCUUUCCACCAGGUGUAAAUGAUGAUGAAUUACCCAUAAGGGGGCAAAUACCGCCUUUUAAGUAUGAAUUGUAUGGCGUAGCGUGUCAUUUCGGUACUUUAUAUGGGGGUCAUUAUACCUCCUAUGUGAAAAAGGGAUUGAGCAGAGGAUGGCUAUAUUUUGACGAUACCAAGUACAGACCCGCUAAAAAUAAAACAGACGCUAUUAAUUCUAACGCAUACGUCUUAUUUUAUCAUCGUGUAUACGGUGUUUGA